GUCCAGCCCUUCUUCAACAGCUGCCUUAAUGACUGCCUUAGACACACCGUGACCAUUCCCUGCCCAGACCUUCCAGAGCCUUCAGUCACAAUUGCAGAGUAUAUACCCCUGUGGGUGUAUGGCUUCAUCACGGGCAUCUCUAUCCUGCUAGUGGGCUCCAUCAUCCUGUUGGCUGUCUGUAUGACGUGGAGGAUAACAGGGUCUCAUCAUGAAAAAUAUGGAGAUGACACCAAAUACACUGGUGUCCUGCCCACUACUGACCUGACCCCCCCACUGCUAAAGCCCAAGAAGGUCUGGAUUGUCUACUCAGCUGACCACCCUCUUUACGUGGAUGUGGUCCUAAAGUUUGCCGAGUUCCUGAUCACCACUUGUGGCACUGAAGUGGCUCUUGACCUCCUGGAAGAACAAGUCAUCUCAGAGGUGGGGGUCAUGACCUGGGUCGGCCGGCAGAAACAGGAAAUGGUAGAGAACAAUUCCAAAAUCAUUAUCCUGUGCUCCCGAGGUACCCAGGCCAAGUGGCAGGCCAUGCUGGGCUGGGAGGAAGCCACUGUCCAGCUGCGGUGUGACCGUUGGAAGCCCUCUGGGGACCUUUUCACAGCGGCCAUGAACAUGAUCCUGCCAGACUUCAAGAAGCCAGCCUGCUUUGGCACCUACAUCAUCUGCUACUUCACUGGCAUCAGCAGUGAGAGCGACGUCCCCGACCUGUUCCACAUCACCUCCAGGUACCCCCUGAUGGACAAACUAGAGGAGGUCUACUUCCGGAUCCAGGACCUGGAGAUGUUUGAACCUGGCCGGAUGCACCGCCUCCAGGAGCUCACAGGGGACAACUACCUGCAGAGCCCCAGUGGCCGGCAGCUCAAGGAGGCCGUGGAGAAGUUCCGGGAGUGGCAGACCCAGUGCCCUGACUGGUUUGAACGUGAGAACCUUUGCUCCGCGGAUGACCAGAACCUCCCAUCCCUGGACGAAGAAGUGUUUGAGGAGCCACUGCAGCCGCCGGGGAGCGGGAUGGUCAGGCAGAAGCCCCUGGUGCGGGAACCUGCCUCCGAGGGCUGCCUGAAGGUAGAUUUAUGUGUGAGUGAGGAAGGAAGGGGGAUGUGCAGGGUGGCACCCCAAUUGCAGCCACAGGGGGAGGCCAUCCAAACUGUGGUGCUCCCCAGAGAGCAGGUCCCUGCUGCUUGUGCCUUGGAGCUGGUUCCUCUUGCUGACAGCAGCGUGGCCAGCCGGCUGACCUGCGUGGAGGAGGGCGAGGCCUGCCCCCUGCUGGAGGAUCGUGGCCUCCAGAGAAAGAACCUCCUCUUCCUCCCCGGGGACCCUGAGGACUCGCCUCUCUGCAGCACUCCAGUGGCGUCACCUGGCCACCUCCCCGAUAGUGUGAGGGAGCAGCUGGGGGGCUUGAUGCUCUCCCUUCUGCAGCAGAGUCUGAAGAGCCAGGCCCAGGGUGCAUGGGAAGACCCUGCCCUGGUCCUCAAGGACCCCUCCGUACCCUGUGAGGAGGAGCAGCGGCAGUCCGUGCAGUCGGACCAGGGCUACAUCUCCAGGAGCUCCCCACAGCCCCCUGAUGGGCUUGGGGAAAUGGAGGAGGAGGAGGAAGAACAGGACCUAGGGAAGUCAGCUGAGCAGCUGUCUCCUGAGCUUCUGCAGGACCUGAGGAGCCUCCAGCAGCAGCUUUUCUUCCAAGAUCUCCAAAAGAACUCUGGCUGGGACAGUGUGGAGUCAGAGAGGCCGGCUACAGAAUAG